GGGGGCCCCUGACCCUUCCCCCUCGCAGGUGACCGCUGGGAUGGCGGAGGGGAGCUCGGGCGGCGAGGGCAGCACGCCGGGCAGCGUGCGCCCGGGACUGCCCGGGGCGCGGGGGCUGCUCGGGAGGCGCCCGCCGGCCCCCCUCAGCCCCGGGCGCCUGCCCUCCAUCCGCUCCCGGGACCUCACCCUGGGCGGCGUGAAGAAGAAAACCUUCACCCCCAACAUUAUUAGCAGGAAGAUCAAGGAAGAGCCCCGAGAGGAUGUCUCCGUCAAGAAGGAGAAGAAGGAGCGGGAGCGGGACCGGCAGCGCGACGGGCACGGCCGAGGCAGGGGCAGACCAGAGGUCAUCCAGUCCCACUCCAUCUUCGAGCAAGGCCCUGCCGAAAUGAUGAAGAAGAAAGCCGGCUCCUGGGACAAGACCGUGGACGUGUCGGACUUCGGCCCUUCCCACAUCAUCAACAUCAAGAAGGAGAAGAGGGAGACGGACGAGGAGACGAAGCAGAUCCUGCGCAUGCUGCAGAAGGACGACUUCCUCGACGACCCCGGCCUGAAGAACGACAUCCGCAACAAGCCGGUGCAGCUGCCCCUGGCCCACUCGGGCUGGCUCUUCAAGGAGGAGGCGGCCGAGCAGGAGGACGCUCAGCCCUGGCCCCCCGGCCCCAAGGAGGAGAAGAUGGAGGUGGACUUGGCAGCGGUGAAAGUGAAAGAAGAGCCGUGUGACAGCGAGGACCCCAAGGAGGCCCUGCCGGCGGCCAAGCCGGCGCAAGCCAGGGGCCCCCCCGGCUACCCCCGGGACAUCCCGGUGGCGGAGCUGCUGCAGCGGCUGAGCCUGUCGCAGGAGGAGGAGCUGCUCUUCCUGCAGCUGCCCGACACGCUGCCCGGGCAGCCGCCCACGCAGGACACCAAGCCCAUCAAGACGGAGCUGCAGAACGAGGAGGGGCAAGUGGUCGUGGUGAAGCAGGAGAAGAGCCAGGAGGCGAGGCAGGCGGAGAACACCUGCACCCUGGCCGACCUGCCGGAGGGGCAGGUGGGGAAACUGCUCAUCCGCAAGUCGGGAAAGGUGCAGCUGGUGCUGGGCAAGGUGACCCUGGACGUGACCAUGGGGACGCCCUGCUCCUUCCUGCAGGAGCUGGUGUCCGUCAGCAUUGGCGACAGCCGCACGGGCGAGAUGAUCGUGCUGGGCCACGUGAAGCACAAGCUGGUGUGUUCCCCGGACUUCGAAGCCCUGCUGGAGCACCGGCACCGGUAGCGAGGCGGGAGCGAUGGGUCCCCAGCCCCGUGCCGGCCCUCCCUCUCCGGGAGACCACGCGGUGCUCCGACCCUCCGGGCGUCUUUGGGAUGCAGAGAGGCGUCUUUUGCAAGCUCGGACAGGGGAUUGGGUCCUACUUCCUUCCCCGUGCGUGGCGCCGAUGCCGGCGUCUCCUCUGCUCCUCGAGGGAGCCGCACCAGGGCCGGGCUCCGGCUGCCUCCGCCGGGCCCACUGUCCCCAUUGCAGAUGGGGCAGGCGCCGUGGCUGUGCGCACAGGACCUCGUUCACGGAUUUCUGGCUCAGGGGCCGCGUGGGACCCGUGGCCACGGUCCCCCGCGGGCAGCCGGCCCCGCUGGGCUCUCUGGCAGCGUCCUGCGCCGCGCACGCGCCGGGUGCUGCCUCCCCUCCACGGGCUCGUGGGCGGUGAGAAAAGCAGAAUAAAAGUCUCCUUCCGCAUGCCUGGGGCUGCUCCCUGCUCCGGGCGCUCCCGGCACCGCUGCCAGCACCCCGCGCGCACCCGCCGCCUGCCCGACCGGUCGCAGAGAUCUGGUUUCGCCCCCUCCCCUCACCCCUGCUCGCGGCGCGCUCUGUUCUGGCACGAGCAGCUUACUCACCCGCCGCUCCCAGCACGCUUGCGAGAGCUCAUCCCUCGGGGGAGAGCUGCCCCGCUCCCUGCCUCAGUUUCCCCACCAGCAUCCCCCUUCCUCUCCGCAUGCUCCAGCCCCAGCACGGAAACCCACGGCAGGCGGCUGUUUUACCAGCAGCCUCGAGGAUGCGGGUGCUUUUUGGCAAACCUCGUGCACAGAGGCAUCGCUGCCUGGCGGCUGCAUCACCCUGUGUCCUUCCACGGCCUCGGGCACGGAUGCUCCUGAGGGCUUCGGGCCCUCCGCGACCUGCCCACCUCCGGAGCUGCUUUGGGAAAUGCAGGACAACCAUGUCCAGGGGAGCUGGGACUGAACACCUGCAACUGCCUCGGGGCUGGGGCCAGGGCUCGCUCCAAGCUGGCUUUGCUCUCGCCCAGUUGGGAGGACUGCCUGUCUUCCAGCUUAUUCCCUAGGAACAGCUCAGGGCCCGGGUACCACCGAGGGGAGGAAGAGCUCGAGGGCUGAAAAGCAAAAGAAGGGGGUCCUCUUCUGCUGAGCGUGAAGGGGAAAGGCCUCCUCGUCUCACGCCUUUUUAACUUUACUCCUGCAAAUUCACCUUGCCUAAAACCAGCGGGAGGGAGAGGAGAAUCCAUCAUCAUGUAGUUAAUGAGAAAUGUGCCAGGCCCCAGUUUCCAGUGUAAUGAUGUAACACUGAAAUCUGUGAACAAG